UUCCUCUCUCUUUCUAGCUUACUUUCUCUCACUAAGAGAAAAUGGUUAAGUUCUUAGCAAUGUUGCUACUCUUACUCCAAUUAAUUUCUUUCAAUGUAUUUGGUGAAGAACUUGAAUCCCUUCACGAACCAACACCACUUCAUCCAUCGGCUAACGCCCCUCUCCACCAUCGUCACAACCACAAUCUCUCACCGACCACUGCUCACACUCCUUUACACCCUUCUCACCCUGCUAAACCUCCAACCCGUCACCACCACCAACACCCUCCUGCUCAUGCCCCUCUUCAACCUUCAUCCCAUCAACACCCUCCUUCUCAUGCCCCUAUUCAUCAUCACCAACCUCGUCACCCUGUUAAACCUCCAACCCAUCACCACCAUCAACACCCUCCUGCUCAUGCCCCUGUUCAACCUCCAACCCAUCGUCAUCAUCACCACCCUCCUGCCCAUCCCCCUGUUCAUCAACAACAUCCUCCGGCUCAUGCCCCUGCCCAAAUAGCUGUUGAAGGUGUUGUUUAUGUCAAAUCAUGCAAGCAUGCUGGAGUUGACACCCUUUCGAAUGCUACAUCUCUUAAUGGUGUUGAAGGUGCCGUUGUGAAGCUCCAAUGCAACAACACCAAACACAAUGUGGUUCGAAAAGGCAAGACCGAUAAGAACGGUUAUUUCUAUAUCAAAGGUCCAAAGGACAUCUCAAUUUUUGCAGUUCACAAGUGUAAUGUUGUAUUGGUUAGUGCACCAAAUGGAUUAAAGCCCUCAAAUAUUAAUGGUGGUAUCACCGGUGCUCGUAUUAAGCACAAGAAAUCAUUUGUGUCUAAGGCUCACAAUCUCAUUCUCUACAAUGUCAAACCUCUUGCAUUUGAGCCCAAAUGCACUAAUUAAGAAAAUUAGAGUUUAAAAAAGUGAAUUUAUAUAUAUUGCUCUUUUGGUAAUAGGAGCUUUCAUUCCAAGUUCGUAAUAGAUGGUUCUUGUAAGAAUUCAACAAUAAAAAAAAUGUUUUAUGGUUUUCAUUUAAUUUGCUUAC